AUGAGUGACUACUCAUCAUGGAAGGUGGCCGAUCUGAAGGCCGAAUGCAAGAAACGCGGCAUUCCUCAGACUGGCCUCCGCCUCAAGCAGCAGUUCAUUGACAAAUUGAACGAAGUUGACUCACAGACAAACCAGGAUGAAACUGAAGCUGCAGCCCCGGCGAAAGAGACCACCGAGCCAGAACCAUCUGCGCCAGAUGCUGUUGCGGAAGCACCCGUUCCACAGCCCGAAGUAUCACAGAAUGGAGAGCCAGAGCCAACAGAUGGCCAAUCAACUACGCAAACUGAGGAAACACUGGUCGCUGCGUCGGGAUCCGAUCGAGCUCAGGAUGGAGAAGAGCAGACAGAUGAGCCGACUCAGGGAGAGACGGAUACGACCGCCGAUACAAAGCUGUCGCAAGCUGAAAACGCCACAGAGACUGCAGAGCCGACGCAAGCAAAGGAAGAUGUCCCCGACCAUCAAGAGUCACCAGCCGCACUGUCCCAGCACCAAGUGGAUGGACCAGCCCAAGAUGUGAAGGACGAGGAACAUGUGAAACCUGAAGAAAACUUGACAACGUCUGCUCCCCAAACAUCUGGGUUCAAUACCGAGUUAUCGACCCCUCUUCCAGUGGAGGAGACAUUGGAGGAUACACGCAAACGGAAGCGGCGCAGCCAGAGCCCGGCACCCACACAGGAAGAAAUCGAAAAUAGGAAAGCUCGCGCAAAGGAGGCUGCUCCGCAGGAGUUGUUGAAAGAGGAGAGGCCUACUUCGGUGGAUCCUGAAGCCCAAAAAGCUGCAGAAGCUCAAACAGACAAUAAACCCGCUGAGACCUCAAGAGAUACCCACAAAACAUCCACCAAGCAAGAUGCUCGGUUCCGUGAUUUAUUUGCCCCUGCUGCUGCACCCCAACGCGCAUCUCCUCCGCGAGACGUCACGAUGCAGGAUGCCGAAGUGACGCCUGCGUUGCAUGCUGCAACUGCUACCCUUUACAUUGACGGUCUAAUGCGCCCUCUCCAGCCGACUGCGCUCCGAAACCAUUUGGCCAGCCUCGCUUCAGCCCCUGGGACCGAAGAACCGGAGCCCAUCGUGGACUUCUACCUUGAUUCUAUCAAAACUCACUGUUUUGUCAGCUUUAGCAGUCUCACUGCAGCUUCGCGGGUGCGGUCUGCCAUCCAUGGAGCAGUGUGGCCGAAUGAACGCAACCGCAAGAACCUCCGAGCGGAUUUCAUCCCGGACGAGAAGAUCAAGGAAUGGAUUCAGGUAGAAGAGGAAUCCCGGGACCGUGCUGGCCCUGCCGUCCGUUGGGAAGUAAAAUACGAAACGGGUGAUGACGAUGAAGUCACGGCUACACUCGCCGAGGUGGGCUCUGCUCCCUCUGGACGACGCGAAUCGGGAUUCAAUCGCACCCCUCCUUUGGGCCCGCGCCGUGAUAUGGAGCAGCUUGCCCGUCGCCCUUCCAAUGCUGCUCCUGCGCCUCCAGCGCGACCCGGCCAGGGCUUCAAGCCUCUGGAUGAAUUGUUCGAAUCUACCACUGCGAAACCCAAGCUGUACUAUCUACCUGUUCCGCGUGCUGUUGCCGACAAGCGUCUGGACCAAUUUGAUGAGCUAAUCCGCAAGGGCACAUUCCCACGUCGCGGUGGUGAUGAGAUGCGGCGAAUUACUUUCGAAGAUGAAGAUCAAUUCGUGGACAUCGGCCCAGAACGAUUCAACCCUGGACCACGUUCUGGCCCACGUUCUGGGGGACGUGGACGCGGACGUGGUGGACAUGGACGUGGGGAUUCAUGGCGCUCUUGA